GGCGCAUACGCCGUCACCGCUAGACGAGAGCGUAUCGCGCUUGCAGCGUGGCGGGCAACUCGUUGAGGUGUCACUAAACGUGUAUUAUUUUUUUUCUUCUAUCGAACGGUUUCGAUAUCCCUAUUUGUGGACCUGUACAGCAUGGACUUCAAGUGACGACAGGCUACAGGAUGCUUUAGAUCGAUCAGAAAACGGAGUGCGCCAACGCAGAGCACGUGCUCAGCGACAAGAUGGCGGCGAACGAACCGGAGGGUGAUGUGAAGCUGAGGAGCCGGGAAGAGUCGCAGAGCUUCCGUGCCCGCGUACAGUUCCGAAAGUCCCAUUCUGGGCCUCCGAAGAUGGAGGGAUACCUGCGCAAGAGGACUGCCAAGCUAAACCUCAAGUGGUUCUGGCGCAAGUACUGGUUUGUGCUGGAUGGUCGAUCUUUGCUGUACUUCAAGUCGCAGUCAAACUAUAACUCCCUCGGCACCUGCAAAGGUCUCGUGGACUUCGGCUUGGUUCAGGCAGUCAGGCCAUCGCACGGCUCCAAGAACACCUACGCUAUGGAGGUCAUCACCCGAUCCGACGUGAUACACCUCGCUGCCGAUGAUAGUCAAACGCGGCAGGUGUGGGUGGCAGCGCUGCAGGCGGCCAUCCAAAUCAGCGAGGUCUCGUGGCCCUUCAAGGUGCAGCUGGACAACGCGCCCAAACUGGUCCAGAUUCAGCGGGGAGAAGUUUCCAGCUCUUCGGUCGUCUCUGACAGCGAGGGCCGACAUUCCAGACAGAACGAUCGCCGCCGGAAGACAUCAAGCCUGAUCAUCUACGAAAAUGUCAGCAUCGAGAGCCCGACGCGAAGCAACGAAAUUCCCACGGACCGUCGGCCGUCAAGCGAAGGCGUCAUCUAUCAGCAAAUAGCGGAAGCCAAACUAAACGCGCACGACUCCGAAGCCAGGACGUCGGACAGCAGCGGCAAGAAUCAUGCCUAUUCGCAGACCAAGAAGGACAAGGGAUACGGUGGCAUGCUCAGAAGGGCCCGGUCCUUCAGCCACGGUCUCAUGUCUACCAAGGGCCGUCUGCCCGGUUUUCACCGGCACCGGGACAAGUCUUCGAAACGCGGAAGCAAAGAUUCACCAGGCCCAAAGGACGAUUCCGCCUCCGCUAGCCCGGCUCCGACGCCAGACUCGAACCGAACGUCAAAAGGAGCGAGAACCACGUCGCACCGGAAGCAGGACUCGGACGAUUCCAUUCGAUCGAUGGAAUCGGCCUCUAGACAGACUAGCAAUUCUUCGAACAGAACCUCCCACAAGAAGCAAGGUUCGACGGGAUCCGCAAAACUAGACGCGAUGAUUCCGGUGCGGAAUCGAAUCGCUUCUUCGUCGAAUCCCACCGACGAACACCGCAUCACGGCGUGCCUGGACGUCAACCCGACGUACCAGACGGCUGGAGAGUCGAGAGCCGACACCUUCACGACGCCGGUUCCCGCGACCAGAAAAAGGUAUGACUCCGCGUCAUCUCGUCGGGACGUCGACAUUGAUGACGAGGACUAUGCACCGGAGUGUCCUUCCAGGCCACAUCCCGCGAGUCCCAUGCCACGAGGCGACGCGUCCGCGAUGAUGCCCAGCUUCGAAUACGAACGAGUCUACGAACACCACGUCCCACUGUCUCUGAUGAGCGGCAAAGUUGGGGACGACGAAAGACAGCGGAAGAAGCCUUCGAAUCUCAGAAUGGAUCCAAUGGACGUAAUGAUUCCGAAUCGCGAAUACGCCGAAGUGUACGAGGACCACGUGCUUCCUUCCCCGCUAAGGCGGUCCGCAGACGACGCCAGCCGGAAAGGAACAACCAGUCUGGGACACAUGAUUCAGGCACCGAGUUCGGAAUAUGCCGAAAUCGACGAAUGCGACAGCGGUACCUCGCUGUCCAGGACUUUCUCGAGUCCUCCUUGUGGCGGCAGGGUGCCCAUAGCGAGGAGGCCUUCCAACACAGAGUCCUGCGUUUCGAGAAAAACCAGCAAGGACUCGGCGGACGAUUCGUCGCUGCACAUAUACCAAGAAGUUCGAGGUCUAUCCCGCAGACCAUCUCCGCAGCCUUCGCCACGCACCGUAUUCAUGGCGUCGCUGGCUUCGAGGCCGGCAGAGAUGGAUGACGAGGAGGAAAGCUACUACUCGAGCAUCUCAGAGGAGGACCUCCGGAGGUACCAGUGGUCCAGCGAUCUCGCCCGCGUAGGCGAGACCUCCGAGACCGGCACCGAGUCGUCCACGUACAACACGGCUGACGCGAGCGGCAGCAGCGAGGCACUGGCUGAAACCGGCUACAUGGAAGACAACCCGCACAUCACUGUCACGACUACCGACAGCAACAACAGCAGCGAACGGAUACUCACGACCCCAUCCGGUGAGGCAAUGCGUGAGCUUCGCGAAUUGCUCGAGUGCCUGGGAACCGACGACGAUGGCAACAUGCUCACGGGACAGAGAAGCAUUGCCCGGGCCCGACAGCUCCUUGUUCGGGAGAUGGCUGCCAACGAGGCCUAACAAAUAAACAGCAACGAAAUCACAGUAUCGAAAGGACAAUCAAACCUUUCGAGUCUGUCACUUAAACUUGUAGAACAACGACGCGAAAACCAAUGUUGGCCACAUAAUAACGUUUGUGCCAAGCAUUGUUUUUUUCAAUGAAGCUCAGCCUUUAGUUCCUGUAGACGGCAUCUUUACUGAGCUUUACUCAUGCUAUACAAAAUAAUAUUAUUUGGCAUUUCAACAAUAUUGCUUUAUUCUUUCACUGUUAGAUGUCAAAGUAUGGAACUACAUUUUACUUAUGCUAAAUGUGUGAGAACCCUACCAAGAAAUUUAUGUACAGACACAGUUGUUUCUUGCAUACUUCGACAUUUACAUCCUUUGUGAAUAAUGUAUAAACACCUGUAAUGCAGGCAUUUGUGCAAAUAAACAAGCAUUGAUAAAACAAGA